AUGUCAAACACACUCACUCUCGAAGAGCAAUUUCGUGAACUUGUUCUUUCUAUGAAGGAAAUGAAUCCCACGUGGAUGGCAGCCGAUAUUGCUGAUGAAAUACAAUCUUAUGAAAAUCCACCUUCAUUACAUCGUGAUGCUUUAAGAAGAAAAAUAAGUCGAAUAUUACAACGAGGAACAAUCAAGGAUAGAUCAAGAUGUGGUGCACCACGAACUGUUCGAAUAGAACAAUUGAAGAAAGCAGUAAAACGAGAAGCAUCAAUAGUAAAAUAUCCAAGUGGUGUUAUGUUUUGGGGUGCGAUUACCACGAAAGGCUUGAUACUUCAAGAUGGUCCUAUCAAUUUUACUCAAUGGUUACGAGAUCAAUGUCGACUUGAUAAGCGCAAAAGAAUGUACAUGACUGGUGAUUUAUAUGCUAAAUUUUUACGUGAAGAAGCUAUUUCGACAAUUAAUGAAGUGGUUGAAAAUCUGAACGAAGUCAUAUUCCAAGAUGAUCAAGAUUCAAAACAUCGAACGAAAAUAGGUGUGGAUGUUGUAAAUGAUUUCUUUGAAGAUAGAAUCGAACCAAAUGAUGGAGAUGCUAAAUUUGCAGAUGUGUGA